AUGUCGAAUCACGACAGCGCGCCAAAACAAGAUGCAUCGAAAUCGUCGCGGCAGACAGGCGCGACGCAAUCAUCAUCUCCGUCAUCUCGUGUUCCUUUCUCAAAGCGCCAAAUCAAAACCGCGCCGAAACUUUCAUCACGCGAAACACGACGCGGUGAUUUCCUUCGCAAGGUCAAGGAGGGCAGAGACGAUAUGAGAUUUGAAGCGCGAGGAGAGGAUAUUCUACGUGCGGAUUGGGAACGGGAAAGAAGGAAGUGGGAGGAGAGCCUUUCUCAGACUGCGCCGAUUUUGGAUGAGGAAGUCGAUGAAGAGGCGGAAUUGCCCGGAUGGAUGGAUCUCGGUAGUGAUGAGGUCGAUGAGGAUGAAGCGGAGAAGCUCGCACGCGAAGAGGAUAGAGAGCUGAAGGCGCUAUUGGAGCAUAUGCCCGAUGAUGACGAUGCCAUGGAGGACGAUGGCGAAGAGCAGAGUUUGUGGAGCGACGAUGCGGAUUAUGAUGCACUGUUCUCCGAGGUUUUGAGUCAGCAGGAACAAAAGCAAGGUCAGCAGAGUGUGUCUGCGCCUUCGUACGCGAUGCAUAUCCAAAGUGGACAGCAGGCGCAGUUCCACGGAGAGGAAAUGGAUAUGAGCUGA